AUGUCGCAUCCGAAAAUAACCGAUUGCUGUGUAAUUGGCUUACCUGAUGAAAAGUAUGGUGAAGUCCCUAUGGCCUUCAUCGUUGCUAAAUCUGUCAGUGAAGAGAAUAUUCACGCAUACGUUAAAGAACGACUUGCACCUUAUAAGCAACUACGAGGGGGUAUUCGAUUUAUGGCUGCUAUACCCAGAACACCUUCAGGAAAAACUAUGAAGAGACAGCUCAAGGAUGAACAGAUGAAAACGAUGAAGCUAUCUCAUCGGAGUCGUCUUUGA